AUGUCUCCUCCAAUGGUGACGAAACGUUUGCAAACCAAUUGCCAAGCUCGGCGAACAGAUCAACAGCCACCUGAUCAAUUACCAACCAAUACACCCGAGCUACCAAUAUUCCAACACAUUACCAACAUUUAUACGUGUUGUAAGCCGAACAGAGAAACAGAAGUCUGGAUGGCGGCUGCUGACCGAUCGAAUAAAUCCUCUGCAUCAGUUAUUCAAGAUGGUUCUUUUUGUCACUUCGAUCACACACAUGCUCAUAAAGAAGAGGCCUGUGGAUAAUCCUCAGGCUUGGAAAAGUUAUGCAUCGUGAAAGCACUCGAAUGCAAGAAGAAUCUACCGAGAUGGACAGUUUCCAGAACUUGUACUGGAGAAUCGUCAGUGUCGGAUGUCG